CCAAAAACCACCACAGGGGUUUAUCCAAAACUCACAUCCCCGAUGGCAGAAUAAUCUUGCUGUUUUCGUGUAAAGUUAUUUUCGUUUCUCGCUCACUUUAAAAUAUUGUUUGAUUCCAAAAAUGCAAGAGAUUUUAAAGAUUAACGACAAACACUACAUGUUGGACGUUCGGAAAACACCCAUUGGCAACCCCGGCGAUUCCAAUCCUGUGGUGAAAUGCAGCAUGUUCGAUUUGGUACAUUUGUGGUGUGAAGUUAUUCCCGUGGAAAACUUGGUUGAUCGUGAAAAGAAAACGGAUUCCAUUAUAAAGUAUACAUCGCAAAUAGUUUAUGAAACGAUACUCGCUCGAAAAGCGGACGACUAUAGUUUACAGGACGGUGGAAAUGGGAAUGGCGAAGUACGCCUCAAGUUGAAGUAUUACGUUUCGGGCUACCCUGUCACUUUUACAAUGCAGCUUAAACUUGCCACAACAGAGGAGCUUUCCGAAUGCGUGAUUGUCCCGGUUUGGCGUGCUAUGCUGCUUUUUUACGAAGAAAAUUGUGCCCUUAAAGAGCUACUUGUUAAAAAAGACAUCGAAAUCGAGCAGUACAAGGUUGAGGGGGCUGUCUUGCGGAGAAGUCUCGUUGCGACACCGAGGUUCGAUGAACAAAGGUUUGCCGACAACUUCUCGUUGUAUGCUCCCGACGAAGGAAUGAAAGUACACGAGCUGAUUAGAAACAAAGACCGCCGAGGGAAUCUAAUGAAGCUGCUGAAAAUCAAGCAUAGGGAGCCUCCCGCCGAGACGAGUAGUCCAUCUAAAUUAUCCACCACAAGCAAGAGCAUUUCAUUUACUUCUUCCCCGACCAAAAAAAGUCCCGGUGGCCGAAUCAAGGGAAUAGAAGCAUUGUAUGCAAAACAGAGAAUUCCUAAGGUAACUGCAACGUCCUCUGUUGCAUUAAAAAGACUCCAGCCUGAUCUGAGUGAAGAGGAUUACAAAGAAACAAAACAACAGGACUGUGAUACAGCGAAUGAUAUUGCAAGGGAAAUGCAUGAUACAAAAGGUGCCACAAAAGUCAGAAAAAUUACAAAAUUGUGAAGAAAUAAAAAACAACAUUUAAAUAUUAUUUUACAUGAGAAUUCAAGUGAUGUGUAAAUAUUAUUAUAACGAUGAUAACAAU